AUGCCUCUGAAACUGUGGCCGUGUAUCCGGCUUCUGUCUAUCAUUUAUGGCGCCAAUGCCGGAUAUCUAUUGGAGAAACAAAUGCCCCUUGUUCAGGAGCAGACCAAGUUCGAAUGGCAAAUAAUUCAGCCAAGCAGGCAGCUAUCUUAUCAUGAUUGCUACGGUGGAUUCCUAUGCACUCGACUUGAUGUUCCUCUCAAUUGGAACUCGACAGGGAAAGACCGCGAAGAACAUCGGGCUGCGGUUGCUGUCAUCAAGCUCCCUGCUCAAGUCUCCGUGACGGACGAGGAAUACGGAGGAGCUAUUCUGAUGAACCCAGGCGGUCCUGGCGAAUCAGGUGUUGAGCAGCUUCUGCAACGAGGGAAAGCAAUUCAGACCAUUGUUGAUGCCGCAAGUGACGAAAGGAGUGAGCAUCGAAAGUACUUCGACAUCAUCUCUUUCGAUCCUCGCGGUGUCAAGGAAACGACACCAAACUUGCAUUGCUUCCCGGAUGCGUUCUCACAGCAGGUGUGGCUCCUUGAUCGACCAGGUUAUGGAGAGCUCUACGAGUCAAACACAACCUUCAACCUGGAAUGGGCAAGGACUGAGGCUCUCGGAAAGAGCUGCACGGCCGAGCGAGGCGACGAUGUUAUCGUUCCCUACGUCAACACCGCUCAGGUUGUCGAAGACAUGACUGAGAUCAUUGAACGGCACGGCGAAUGGCGCCAAGGCGAGGUGGAACGCCUGAUUGAGCGACAAACUCACGAAUCUCUUACUUUCGAUGAGGCCACGUCAGUCAGACAUCGAACCACAUGGCAUCGGGGCGGCGAGAAACUUCAGUACUGGGGCUUCAGCUACGGCACUAUUCUAGGCCAGACUUUUGCUGCGAUGCAUCCAGAUCGUAUUCAUCGUGUGCUCAUUGACGGAGUCGUUGACCCAGACGAUUACUAUCAUGGCUCAUGGCUUCAGAAUCUUCACGACUCCGAUAAAGCAAUGGCGAAACUCUGCGAGUACUGUUUUCAGGCUGGUCCCAAGGGAUGCCCGCUCUACACCGGCAAGUCGGCACAAGACAUCGAAGACAAAAUAUUCGAGCUGCUGUCAGAGCUCAAGGCCAACCCCGUUCCAGUCGUAGGACCCAGCGGAUCUCCAAUCGCGAUCAACUUUGAUGACUUCUACCUGAGAAUCAUUGGUUCCAUGGCAUUCCCUUAUGCCAUAGCCGAGAAUACAUUUCAACAGUUCGCUGAGCUUGCCAAAGGAAAUGUGUCUGCAGUUGCUGCAAGUAGACAGAAUGCGCUGGAUGCUGCUGCUUCUUUGGCGCACUGUCACAGCCUUUCAGAUGGAUGCAUGCGCGAAGAGUCGUUUGGUCUCAUCACCUCAACACCGGUCAUAGAGUGUUUAGACAGUGCUCCACGUCGACAUGGCCGGUUUACGAAGGACAAGUUUCGGCAGUACUUUGAAGUGCUCAAAGCCCAAAGCAAGUGGUUCAGUGCCAGCUGGGCUCGUCAUAGAAUGUCUUGCAUCGGCAUUCAUUCACGGCCAGCCUGGACAUAUAAAGGACGAAUCUCUGGCAUCACUUCUCACCCACUGAUGAUCAUAGGUAAUGCACAUGACACUGUGACGCCAUUGAGAAACGCACAAAGAGUGUCAAGUUUGUUCCCCGGCUCGACAGUGCUGCAGCAGAAUUCAGAGGGGCAUUGUUCCAACUCAAACCCAUCAAGUUGCACGGCUAAGCACAUUCGCAAGUACUUUCAGACUGGAGUAUUGCCGAAACCGGGGACCAUCUGCGAGCCUGACUGGCGUCCAUUCGUGGGAUCUGCAUCAAAGUCUGAAAAGCAUUACUCAACGGCCGAGCACGAAAUGCGCGAUGCCCAACAUCAGUUGGCGCGACCAUGGAACAUGCCUGGCAUCGAAAGACUGCACUGA